AUGCAGGCACACCGUCUCGGCACUUUCGCUCUCCGUGGGCUCACCCACUCGGCACGGCAACAAAAGCUUUUCGACUGGCGUACGAAGACCCAACAAAAAGUAAAGGCCGCGCAGUCCCCCAAAGCCAAUGACUUUGAUUAUCUUCGCGAUGAGGUCGCUACCCGCGUCGUCGAUCGCCUCCAAGACAUCACACACCCUCUGCCUCAUGCCGUCGACAUCUUCUGCGGUUCAGCGCACAUCCUCCGCGCAGUGCAGGCUGUGAGCAACCCGUCCCGCAUUGAAUCCCUCACCCACUGCGAUUUGCAUCCAUCAAUUCUAUCAAGAGCUCAAACCUUCUACGACGGCAACCUUGCAGGCCCGGACCGGCAGUUCGUCCUCGACAAUGAGCAAGCCCCCAUCCCCAUCGAGGACGGCACUCUGGAUCUCGUCAUCUCUUCAGGGGCUUUGCACUGGGUCAACGACCUGCCCCUUCUCCUACGUCGCGCAGCCCGGCUGCUCAAACCGGAUGGCCUCUUUCUCGCUGCUAUGUUUGGCGGCGAUACCUUACAAGAGCUUCGUAUCUCGUUACAACUCGCCGAAGACGAGAUGCGCGGCCGUUUAGCGCCGCGUAUCUCCCCUAUGGUGCGUCUGCGAGACGCGGCUGGUCUCGUGUCGGGCGCAGGUCUGGCGCUCACCACUGCCGAUGUUGACAGGAUCAUCGUGCCGUUCACAGAUAUGUUUGCCUUGAUGCGCCAUCUAAAAGGAAUGGGCGAGACAAACGCGCUCACGACUCGUGAGAUACACUGCGGGCGCAAAGUUUUUGAACGAGCCAGCAGGAUUUAUGAGGAGCGAUAUGGGUUCACUGACGAGCAGGGUCGCAAGUGCGUGCCAGCAACGUUCGAAGUUGUCCACAUGAACGGCUGGGCUCCUGCGGUAUCGCAGCCACGCGCAAAGGAGAGAGGGUCCGCACAAUUUUCAAUUGGCGACUUGACUGAUGCUGCCGAGACUGUUGUCCCCGCCUCAAAGGAUUCGCCAUAACUAGCGGACCGCUGUCCUGAUGUGCAACUGCACCGCUCGACUCACUCCGUAUGGGGAAUGUUCUGCUGCUAUCGCGAGGCGUUGGCGUUGAAGUUGGGUAAGUUUAAUGCUGUUGGAAGAUUUCCCAAUUCGUCCCAGUGUUUUCGUUGCAACUUCUCGUCACAUUCUCGUGAGCUCAAAAAAAAAAACAUAUUAGGGCUGUCGCAACUGUCCUGUGUAAGAUGCAAAAUGGGAGAACAGCCUUUUCAUUUUUACUUGUCGCUUGACUUUGCGAAAUAGGAAAAAACAACCGUCAAGAGACACCCCUCAUACGGUGCAUAUGGAGGGGUCGCUUGCCGCUAAAUACUUCGGAUGCGUUGUAAGUCUUUUUGAGCACUGCUUGAUCGGCGACUGCAGUGAUUUAGCAAGAGUUCAUCGGCAUCGCUCGCGAGGGCAAGCACGACGUUCUUGCGACGAAAUCGCAGUCGCUGCUUUGCUUUACCAACUGCGUAGUCUUUCUGACGCAUGUUUCUGGCUGUGUUAACCAGACAACAUUCAUGGGGCAAAAAGCUUUGGAAGGUAAUACUCAUUUAUUGAUCGGUAGUGAAUCAUCCUAACAGCAGGCUUAUAUAGGUUUUCCGUCCAAAAAACGACAGUGUCUGUGAGUUAUAUUUUGUUGUCAUGCGGAA